AGCGGCGUCUUAAAUCGCAUUUUUUGUAGAAAUUGCAUUUUCCUUUCAAUUAAAGAAGGAAAACAACGGGCUUCUUUGCAUUUACGCGCAAAUUGUACGCUAGCUUAAUCGUGUAGACGGCCCAGAGUCCGCGAUUAAAACUAGACGACCAAAUACAAGCUUCGUUCAGCUAUAGAAAAAACUACGUGUGUGGUUGCAACCUACUGUAUUAUUGAAUUUGUGCAAAUAUAGCUAUGCCAGAGUCUUAUACAUUCGGCGCCUCCUUGGCGUCCAUUACCUGCCACGCCUGGAACAAGGAUCGUUCUCAAAUCGCUAUAUCACCCAAUAACCAUGAGAUUCAUAUCUAUAGUCGCGACGGGAGCGACUGGAAACUGGCCGACAUCCUCAAUCAGCAUGACUUGCGGGUAAUGGGUAUUGAUUGGGCAAAAAAUACCAAUCGCAUUGUGAGUUGUGCAGCUGAUCGCAAUGCUUAUGUUUGGACCCAGGGCGACGAUGGCAAGUGGAAACCCACGCUUGUCUUGUUGCGUAUUAAUCGCGCAGCAACAUGUGUUAAAUGGUCUCCGGCGGAGAACAAAUUCGCCGUGGGAUCGGGUGCACGUCUAAUUUCGGUUUGUUACUUCGAGUCGGAGAACGAUUGGUGGGUAUCGAAGCAUAUAAAAAAGCCGAUACGUUCAACCGUGACCUCAUUGGAUUGGCACCCAAACAAUGUGCUCUUGGUGGCUGGUUCCACGGAUUACAAGGUGCGCAUCUUCUCGGCGUUCAUUAAAGAUAUUGAGGAGCCGCCAUCACCUACACCAUGGGGCAAUCGCAAGCCCUUAGGUCAAAUGAUGGUUGAAUUCAGGAACUCGCAAAGUUCUGGCGGUGGUUGGAUAAACAACGUGAGUUUUUCUAGUGAUGGAAAUAAGGUGUGCUGGGUGGGACACGAUAGCUGCGUUAACAUUGCCGAUGCGAACAAUGGCAAUACUGUCAUACGCUGCCGUACCGGUUACUUGCCAUUCCUCUCCUGCGAAUGGGUCUCGCCCACAUCCGUCGUGGUAGCCGGAUACAGCUGUGUCCCUCUGAUCUAUAGCUUGACCUCGGAUAAUAAGCUGGUACUUAGCGGUAAGCUGGACAAGUCGCAGAAGCGCGAAUCAAGUGGGAUCACAGCCAUGCGCAAAUUCCAGUCCAUGGAUCGAAACAUGCGUACCGAGAACACGGACACCGUGAUGGACUCGCUUCAUCAGAAUGCCAUCACCAGUGUGCGUCUUUAUGACGGUGAUAAAGCCAGCGCGGCCAAGGUAUCCACAUCGGGUGUCGAUGGCCAACUUGUUAUUUGGAAUGUGGAGGAGGGCAGCCUCAACGGCGGCAUGCGAAAUCUACAAAUCUAAUGUAGUAUUCUCCAUUUGGGGUGGCACCUGCAAUAAUUUUGUUUUGAACAAAUCGAAAAUUGCAGGCCAGUAAAGAGAGCAGGUGCACAGUAUUUGCCAAAAUGUUUUCCAAAAUCGCUUUUUCUUAUUGUGUAUCGUGUAAAAGCUUUUUGUAGAUUAAUUUUUGUAAUGCUAACAUUAGCCGAAGAGAUUUCUUUAUUUCCGUGUGUGUUUAUUUUAACGUGUUUCUUAUCUAUACGAAAACAAAGUGUAAUUGAAUAAAAUGUUUUUUAUUUUAAAAA